AUGAACCUCCUACUCCCCGCAAUAGUAUGUGCACAACGGUUUGUGGACAUCGACUCCACUGGCAACGAUGAGGAUCUGGUGCGGUUCUUUUGCCUGCACGUGAUUGAGAAUGCGCUCAAGACGAAGUUAGACUCACAACCCACAGAAGCGUUGAUGCCGAUCAACGAAGUGCUGAUGCGAUGGUUACAGGAUAAAGGCCCCGAAGUCGAAGCACAGACCUUUGUUUGGAACAAGUUUGCGUACUUGUUUGUACUGUUGUUUAGGCGGAUGUAUGCAACGCAUGCAACACAGAUGAUGUCGGAGCUUGUUGAGUUAGUGGCCAGCGGGCGCAAUCGCGAGCGUAUGGCGGAUAUGUACUUGCGGG